UUUGCACGUCCCCUCCUUCGUCCGUCGACACCCGUCACGCCUAUACCCGUGCAAGAACCCACCCCCACCCCUCAACGUACCUAAUAACACGAUGAUGUUCGGAAAGCUCUUCGCCUUCGCCGCGUCCGCCGCGCUCGCGCUCGCCGCGCCCGCCUCGUUCAUCCCCAUCGCGGACGACAUCAUCCUGUGGUCCGCGGACAUCCAGUCGCCGAACGUGUUCUCCGUCUGGCCCGUCGGCUCGACGCAGACCAUCAAGUGGGACCCGAGCCAGGUGCCCCAGACCGCCGCGAACCACACCGGCAUCGUCCUCCUGGGCUACUACGAGGACGACAGCGAGAACCUCGAUACCCAGACCCCGCUCGUGGCGGGCUUCCAGAUCGCGGACGGCCAGGUGGACAUCACCGUGCCGAACGUGACGGAGAGGAACGACUACAUCGUCGUGUUGUUCGGCAACUCGGGCAACGCCUCGCCCACGUUCACCAUCAAGCAGUAAAAAGUCCCUUCAUCCCUUGCGAGCCCCGCGAGCCCGCACCUACUAGCUUGACCCACGCAGCGGACCCCUACACACCUUACGGACGGACUAUCACCCCUACUAGCAUUACCACACC